AUGGCUUCGCCUACAAACACUACGCUGCCGUCGCGCGCGACGACGGGAUUGAGCGACGAUGCUAUUCCGGAGGCGGACCCUUCUACUACCGCCGGAUUGCUUGCAGAGCGUCUGCAGGCGUGGAAACACAUGGUGGGAUAUCUCGAGGAGUAUGUCGAGUCCGUGGAGAAGGUCCAUGGCCGCCAGGCAAAGGAGUACGAGAAGGUCUUGAAGACCAUUUCAAACCCCCUGCGUGAAGGCCACCACUUCGACCAGAGCCUCGGCGGCAUUGCGGGCUUCUUCGAGAACAUGCGAGCCAACACCCAGGCCAUGAUCAACACCAACAUCGAGACGGAGAAGAGCAUCAAGGGCUCCGUCCGCCCCAUCCUCGACCGCCUGCACAAGGAGAUCAAGCACAAGGCCAAGGAGCUCGCGAGCGGCGCGCAGGCGGCGGCCAAGGAGGUCGAGAAGCUGCGCAAUGUGACGCAGAAGCACAUUGAGCUGCUCGGCCAGCAGUCCGCCGCAUACGACUCGCACGGCGGCCGGCAGACCAACAGCCACGAGGACCCCUACGUCGUUCGUCGUGGCGUGACGCACCGCCUGCACAACCAGGUGCUGGCCGAGAACAACCACCGCAACGACCUGGUGUCGGUGCAGAACAACUUCCGCACGUUCGAGGCGCACAUCCUCGAGGUCGUGCAGCAGGCCAUGGAAGGCUUUACGCAGCUGGUCGGCAGCCAGGGCGAGAAGAUGCGGGCGCUCAACAGCGACAUCCUCGGCACGGUGCAGUGCAUCCCGCGCGACUUUGAGUGGACAAACUUCCAGCACCGCGCCGCCGACCGGCUGGUCAGCGCAAACGACCCGCCGCGCUCCGUCGACGCCAUCCAGUUCCCUAACAUGGAGCACGCCUCGACCAAGGCGCUGAUCGAGGGCUCGCUUGAGCGCAAGUCGCGCAACAAGCUGUCGUUUGGCUACUCCACGGGUUACUACGUCGUCUCGCCGUCAAAGUACCUGCACGAGUUCAAGGACUCGGACGACACCCGCAACGACCCCAAGCCCGAGCUGUCCAUCUACCUGCCCGACGCCGUCAUCGGCGUGCCCAGCGCCGAAAAGUUCAACAUCAAGGGCAAGGACAAGAGCGGCACGCUGAGCAGCAAGCUCACCGGCAGCUCCGAGAUCAGCUUCAAGGCCCAUACGCCCGCCGACGCUCAGCGCUGGUUCCAGAUCAUCCAGGGCGUUACCAACGCCGGCCCUGCGCUCUCGACCCCGGCGUCUCCCGUGGCCACGUCGUCGCCCACCAUGACUUCUCCCGUGGCUCCGGCUGCGGCUCCUGCGGCGGCUGCGGCUGCGACCAAGGCGGUUGAAGCUGAUGCCAAGUCACCCGUGGCCACGUCCACGCCGGUCGAGAAGCACCAGGCGCAGGAAGUUGGUGUGACGGGCGGCGAUGCAAAGCCCGCUGCUUAG